AUGCUGAAAAAUAAGCAGCCCGGUGAGCAGGUGUUGGUGCCCAAGAAGAGCUGGUUCUCUCGAACCUUUUGUCGACCACCUUCAUCGAGCCGAUCUGUCAGCUCCAAAUCAGAACGCAGCAUCCGUCGCAAGCAAAGCGUGAGUGAUCUAGCUACCCAGGCUCAGGUACAAACCAAGAGAGACAGUUUCAAGGGCGAGAGCCUACAGACUCUUGUCCGCACAUGCGGCAAAAGUGUUUUGUAUCUGCCCCCUGAAUAUGCCACUGGGUCGCUCAUGCUGCCGACUUGCAUCCGGGCUACGGCUCAGUAUCUGGUACAACAUGCUCCGUCUACUCGAGGCGUCUUCCGUAUACCUGGUUCAGUUCGAGUUGUCAACUCUCUCUACGAUCAUUACAGCACGGGAUCAGGAGACGACGACGUCAACGGCACAGUUCGAUCUCCAAAUCUUCCCACUCAUAUCAAUGCUAGGGUCCACGAUGUGGCGUCAGCGUUCAAGAGGUUCCUUGCCGGCCUGCCAGGCGGAAUACUCGGGUCUCUGCCUCUAUUUGAUGCACUUGUCGCCAUUCACAGCCAACUACAUGGCGACGCCAGCUUCAACAAAAUAAAACGCAGCAAGUUGCGAGGCCGUUUCAUUGCGCUUGCCAUUGGGACAGUCCAAUCACGGUAUCGGAGGGAGCUGAUCUGUUCUGUGUUCGGUCUCCUAUGCUUGAUCGGCCGGGAGGCUGAGUCUGCCUGUCUUAGGGAGGACGGUCUUGAAGAUACUGUGCCUGCCCAGGACCUCAUGGGCUUUAAUGCACUGGGAAUUAUUUUUGGACCCCUCUUGGUCGGAGAUCUACUAGACACCUACACGGUCAAGCUGGCCGACCCGAGCAUGGGCCUAGUACUGAUGCCCUCGACACCCCCUACGUCAAGAGUAUCAUAUAGUCGGAGGGGGACUGAAUCAGACAUUCGAUCGACAUCUUUGACGGUCGACAAAAUACAUGUCGCCAACGAUAUCGCCGAGAUGCUGAUCACACAUUGGAGGGAUGUGGUGAGAAACAUGAAGACUCUUGGCGCCCUGAGAAGCAGUGUCUCCUCUGAGGACCCUCCUCUCUCUCCUGGUGCUUUGCCGUCAUCGGAGUCCGCGAUCUUUCCUCACCCGACUCAAUCCAGGUCGGCUAUUCAAAAUGCUCCAAGAGGCCAGCAAUUCGAGGAUAAUUCUUCACCGCCAUCAUCCUGUGGACCAAGGGUAGACUUCAGGACAAAUCGUUCGGGGGACAUCAACCACUCGGGUCUCAGUCCAAGAAGGCAAAGGCCAAAUGAAGUCGAGAAGACACCAAAACAGGCGCCAGACGACGGGAGUUUACAUCAGCUCUCUGCUAUGCAUAAUCAGAGCUUCGAUUUUGAGCGUGCGGCAGUUCCAGAGGGCUCGUCUUUGAAGUCCACAGAAGAACCAUAUUUCGAAGCAAGCUUGAUAAAAGACGACAAUCACUGUCAAGCAAGGCAGUCGAGGCCUUCACCCGACACGCCUCCUUUCAUCGGGUAUCCGGUGUCGUCAGGUCUCCGCUCUACAAACUCUUUCCCGUUCCAUGAAGAUUCUCUUGACGAUGCAGUGUUAUUUGACAGCUCAACUCCAUGUACAAAGUUGGCACGCAGACGAGGAGAUACACUGCCACAUCAACAGAGUGCACCGUCUUGGUCGGCAUUAUCUCGACAGCAUUCGCCUGGCGAUCGAGGAGUUCAAGUCGAGUCGGAUAGCCUCGCGAGAUUGAAUGGAAACGCGUGGGACAAUGAUGCGCUGGAGGCCAGUGAGAGCCAGCAUCGUAUCCCUAGCAUACUUCAUGGAGAGUCAGUUUUGACGUCGGAAGAUAUUCCAUCUUCCUUCAACAGACCAGGUGGCGCCUUGGAACCUGGAGGCCCUCGCCGAUUUCCUCUGUUUCCAGGCCCAGAUCACGCCGACUUUCCGGGCCAGCGCAUUCUUCCGAACGUCUCAUCCCAAAUGAAUGACUACGCCACGCCGGUGCCUCGUACGCGCAUUCAUGACCGGGGUUCUGCGGGUCCGGGAACUGUCAAAGCACUGGUGGCCAAAUUUGAUCAUGCUGCUCAGGAGUCGGAUCCGGCUGCAUCACCAAGUCAGUUGAGAAGAGGACGAGGGUUGACCAGAUCGACUAGUGUGCUUUCCCGGUAUACUGUGAAUCCUCCAACGCCGAGGUCGAUACACUCUACCAGGUCAGAAGGGAACCUGGAUGGCCAUGCGGGAGCAACUCUGACAGUAGGUGCACCGGUCCCGCAACUGUCGCCUUCGUCUCUGCUCAAAGCUCCGCGGCCAUCAAUGUCGCCACAGGCGGUCGUGGGGACAACCCCCUCGGAGACUUGGCGAGCAAGGCGGAACCUGGGCAAUUAUGACACGGUGGAUGGAGCAGCAUCUCCUAGGAUUCUUCGAGAAGAGUUGGAUCAUGCCAACCCCGGCUGCGCACACGAAGGCCCUCGGGUCGAGGCUGGUUGGCCUCCAAUGCCCAUAAAUGGCACAACACACCAUGAGCCAGCCCCGGAAACGAAGUUUGGGCCGAGAGCGACAUGCGCAAAACAAGCUUCCUCCACUGUUGUCCCAGUGUUUCACACACCACAGAGGACCCAGAGGCCUCUGUUGUCGGGGCGGGGACCCUGGUCAUCGUGCGUUGAGCCCGCCGACGGGUCGGAGGGCGUGAUGACUGACCCCGGCGGCUUCCGGGUCGAAGCUCGCGUCCGGAGGCUUCAGUCUAAACUCGCCGAGAAGGCGGAUGAGUGUAGUUGGCUGCAGCGACGCCUGCUUGCUCUGGAGCAUUCUCACCCCUUGAAUGAGCAGCAGCAGCAGCAGGUCCAGCAGGAGUGCAAGGUGUGGCGGGAGCGGGCCGAAGCUGCCGAGCUGCGGUUGGCUUUGCUUGGAGAACAGCAAUUGCCCAGUCGGACUGUCGACAUGGGCACGGUUGAAUCACCGAGAGGGCUGGCGGCGGUGAAGUUGGCCGCCGUCUUGCAGAGCGGUGCAGUUGCGGUUGGUCAUAGCCCUGUGAUGAUGGGAAGUCCGGCAAGCAGCAACGGGACGGUGCUUCGGAUUUGA